AUCUUUGUAUGUAUAUACAGAGAGUGUGGUAUUUAAGACAAGCUCUCACUAUCUCUAUUUAUUUAUUUUUCUCUCUAAACAUCAAAUCUUUUAAAAAAGAAUAGUCUGGUUUGAUUCUUGAGACGAAGCUUAAACCAUGAAGCUUUUGUUUUUAGUUCUUGCAAUAACCCAAUGGUUCAUUUCUCGAGUCUAGAGCUUUUGUAAGUAGGGGGGUUGGGGGGGGGUGGUUUCUAUAUGGAUUUUGGGGUGGUGGGUUUGGAGGGUAUUGUGGGUUCAGAGACUAGUAAUGGUUUUACUUUGGUUGCUUCAGAAUCUGAGACAAAGCAGAAGUUGUAUGGAUCUGCGUUUCUCAAGCAAGAGAGAUCUGGCAGUAGUGAAGAUGACUGGAGGACUUCAAAGCUGGCCAAAUUUGAUGAUAUUUCAGCCUCCAAGGCAGUGCUGUCCCAACACAGAAAUACUUUAUUUCGAUCUAAUACCUCUAUCUUCUUUGAUGGACAACAACAGCAGCAAAUGCUGAGCUUUUCUGCUCCCAAAUCAGAAGCUCUUUCAAUGGGGAGGAGUUCCCAAAAUGUCAUAUUCCCUUACUUUCAUCUCACAUCACCAGCAUGUACUAGAAAUACAGGCUACAAUACUGGAGGAUUUAAUGGUGCAAAUAUGAAUGGAGGACCAUUCACUUCAUCUCAAUGGAUGGAGCUAGAACAUCAGGCUUUGAUCUACAAAUACAUGACUGCAAACGUGCCAAUACCAUCAACUCUUCUCAUUCCUAUAAAAAAAGCCCUUGAUUCUGCUGGUUUCUCUAGCUUUUCUGGUGGACUCCUCAGACCCAAUACAUUGGGAUGGGGAGCUUUCCAUCUUGGGUUCUCAAACAACACUGAUCCGGAGCCAGGACGGUGUCGUAGAACAGAUGGAAAGAAAUGGCGGUGCUCAAGAGAUGCGGUUGCCGACCAGAAGUAUUGUGAGCGGCAUAUGAACAGGGGCCGCCACCGUUCAAGAAAGCCUGUGGAAGGUCAAUCCGGAUGUUCCACCGCAUCCACCACCACAACUACAACCAAGCUGAUGCAUUCUGUCUCGUCCUCUUCAGCAUCAGUGGUAGGGCCAAACGGUGGAAACGGUGAGUCCAACAGCCUCACCAUUGCACAGCAGCAAUUCAAGAAUUUGCAGCCUGCUGGUGAAUCUAAUCUUUCGCACUCUGGUCCACUAAACAGGUGGCUUCUGAAUAAAGAAAGCAUUGGUGAAAGAAUGCAUGAUACUGCUCAUGGGAAUGAGUUUGGAGUUGUUUCUUCUGAGUCACUCCUUAACCCUUCCCACAAAAGCUCUUCCCUCGUUAAGUGCAUUAAUUUUGACUGUUCUCAAGAUCUUGAUAGUCAAGAAACCGAAUCACAUCGAUCAGUUCGCCAGUUCUUUGAUGCCUGGCCUAAAACCCAGUCCGACUGCUCUUCCAUUUUCUUGCCUGAAGCUGAUGUUCAAUCGGACCGGACUCAGCUUUCCAUUUCAAUGCCGAUGGCGCUCUCGGAUUUCAUGUCCUCUACUUCAUCACCCAACAAUGAAGAUGUAACUCAUUCACCUCUGCAAUUAACGCGAGAACUUGACCCUAUACAGAUGGGAUUGGAAGUAGGCAGUGUUGGUAAUGAAACAAACUGGAGGCAAGCGAAUUGGAUCCCCAUCUCUAGGGAGACUUCCGUGGGCGGUCCUCUGGGUGAGGUAUUGCACAGCACUAACAGCAGCAGCGCAGAGUGCAAGAAUUCAUCGGCAGUUAACCUUAUGACAGAGAAGUGUGAUCAUAGCCCUCGGCUUGGAUCGUCUCCUACAGGGGUCUUACAAAAGACAAUGUUUGGUUCGCAUUCGAAUAGCAGUGCUGGAAGCAGUCCAAGAGCAGAGAAUAACAAGAAUGAUCUCCUUGGUUCAACCAUUGUUCAUUCUUCCUCUUUGCCAGCUUUGUAACCACUUCAUCUACCGAGGCAAGUCCUGAAGAAGAAGAAGAAGAGAAGCAUGGAUUUUAUGUAUGUUCCGACAAACAUGAAGGAUUAGUUAUGAGCUUAAUUAUGAUGUUAAACCCUAAAAUACUUUUUCUUUAUGCAAGGUUUGUGCCGCUAUUAUAUCAAAUAUAACCAAGUAAUUGGGCAA